AUGUUUGUAGAGGAAAUCGCCUUAUAUGAUAGACAAAUACGUCUUUGGGGUAUGGCUACUCAAUUAAGAUUACGAUCAGCUAAAAUCUUAUUAAUAAAUUUAGGAGCAAUUGGUGGAGAGAUUAUAAAGAAUUUAGUAUUAGGAGGAUUAAAUUCAAUUACAAUUCUUGAUGAUUCUAAAGUUAAAGAAGAAGAUUUUGGUGCACAAUUCUUUUUACCAAAUGAUGAAUCUAUAGUUAAUCAAUUGAAAUUACCUUUAGUUAUUGAAAAGAUUAAAGAAUUAAAUAAUCGAGUUAAUUUAACAAUCGAUACAUCUUCAUUAACUAAAGUUAUUUCCGAUUCUCAAUAUCUUAAACAAUUUGAUUUAAUAAUUGCUACUGAACUUGAUAAAUCUCAAUUAUUUGAAUUAAAUUCUAAAACUAGAGAAUUAAAUAUCCCAUUAUAUGCUACAGGUGGUCAUGGAUUAAAUGGAUAUAUUAUAACAGAUCUAAUAAAGCAUACUGCCACAUCAGAAAAGGAUGUUGGUAAUAUUCCAAGAAAACCAGAUACUAAAAUAAAUAGAGUUAAAACCAUAACAAAUGUAUCAUAUAAUGAAACAGAUAAAAAGGAAAUAAUAACAAUUCUUGAUGAAUAUAAUCCUAUUCUGGAAAUAUUCAAAUCUAAACAAUUGCCUAAUCAAUUGAAUAAACGACAAAUGAAAAGGUUAUCAGCAGCUUUGCCAUUAAUAUUUGCCUUGUUUGAAAUACCUAAACCUAUAAAUGUAGAAGAUGAUAUUGACAUAAAUUUAUUAAAAUCUACUGCAAUUUCAGUAUGUGAAUCAUUUGGAAUUCCUUCUACUAUUAUAACUGAAGAAUAUCUCAAUAUAUUUAGUAAACAAGCAUUUACUGAAUUUUCUCCUGUAGCUGCAAUAAUUGGAGGAACUUUAGCUCAAGAUGUAAUUCAAUUUUUAAGUCAGAAGGAAAGUCCUAUAAAUAAUGUGUUAAUUUUAGAUUCCAUUAAAUCUGAAAUGCCAAUAUAUUCUUUAUAG